AUGCUGGAAGAAAUAACUGGUAUGUUUUUGUCAUUAUUUUCGCUUUUCGUCAACGCAACAACACGCGUAUCUUUAGGAAGACAUCAACCAGGGGUUGAUGAUGACAGAUGGCAACCAUACAUCAAUGAAGAAUACGAGAACUUUCAUACCAACGAACAGUUAAGCUCAGUCUUGGUUAAUGGAAGAAGAACAGAUUAUACAAGGCUUGAUGGUGCUUCGUCUGGACGGAGGAGCUAUUGGGAGUCGAUUCGGAGAAGUUUAUGGACAACUCUGACUAUUACGUGCGCUAUGUUCGUACCAACGGCUUUCACACUGGCCUUUCUUUAUAUCGAUUUAAACACAACGGAUCUUUGUUUGGAGUGGCAGUAUCACAAUAACACUUUACCAUUUUCUGUAAAACGACUUCGCGUCAUCGGUGACAGUGUUGAAGCGGUGAUAACCAAUCUUUGGUUUCCGUUGACAAUGGUAGUUGUAUUUGGAUGGAAAGAGUUUAAGCUGAGGUUUAUGUCCACCUUUUACGUCGCUUUUAUCUUCGGAGAAACGGUAGUAAUUUAUUACUUAUUUUUGCUAGUAUUUGGUGUCUAUGAUACGAGCGUGUAUUACAGAAUUCCUGCAAAUGUACUGUUUUUUUCUGGCAUAAUUUGCUGUAGCUUUGUUAUCCUUCGCAAUAUUCGAGCGAACCGAUCGUGCAAUUAUACAUUGUCCUAUUCUAACUGUCGUAUUUUGGCUUUAGUUUCGAUGGAGCUCAUCGUAUCUUCCAUAUUCGCAUUUAUCUACAGAUACUCUAUAGUGCCUUUUUUUAAUAGCCUAAAACAAGAAAAUUGCAAAUUCAUGGUGGCUGCGAUCGCACCGGCGCUGACCAUUAUCCCUGCAGUGAUUUGUAAGCACAUGGCGUUGAGACGAAGCUCCGAGGUUGUAGACCCCGGCCGGAGUUUUGUCCUAGUAUACGUUAUGCGAGGUGGUGUCAUACUCUUAUACCGCACAAUGCAAGCAGAUUUGAAAAGCAUUUGGCUUUUUAUAGGAUUAUCUCUGUUUUCUGGUAUUCUAAACUUUUUGGAAAAGGCAACCCAUGGAAUACGGAUGAAAUUGUGGACAUACAUUAUCUCACGUUUGAAUCGAACUGUUUGCUGUCAAGGGCUCAAGGAAUUGCCUCAGAAUACACCACAUUAUAG